AUGGGAUGCUUGUUCUCUUGUUGGAAAACGGAAGUGAUCAAUAUAUAUGAAAAAAGAAAAGAAAUGCGCCUAAGUAAAAUCAAGCGAGCAAACUUGGAUACUGUCCAGGAGAUUAUCCAACAAACGAAUAACUUUGCUCCGAAACAUCGAGUUAAUCAAGGCACAUUUAGUGAAAUCUAUCUGUGUCAAAUUCGCGCAUAUGGUCGUGUAGCCAUUAAGAGAAUGACAAAAUAUAACGUUUCCGUUAAUGCCGCCAAAGAAAGUCAAUUUCUUCGUCGAUAUAAGCAUCGCAAUGUUAUUCAGUUUCAUCAAUGUGUUGAAAUCGACAAUCAGCUAUGCUACAUUAUGGAAUACGUAGAAAAUGGCAAUUUAUGCCAACACUUACAAGAUCAGAAUCCGCAAUUAAAUUGCUGGUAUAGGCUGCAAAUUUGCCUUGGGACUGCUCAAGGAAUUCAAUAUCUUCAUUCUGCCUUCCUGAAGUCAUUAAUUCACGGCGAUAUCAGAACAGAAAAUAUCCUACUCGAUUCCCACUAUGUGGCUAAAAUUGGCAAGUUCGAUCAAUCAAAAUUAACCAAGGCGCGCAUUCCUAGAAAUCAAUUCGAUGAUGAGAUUGCUAUUUUACAAGGCAGUCUUGGCUAUACUCGAAUACCACCUGAAGCUUUUCGCGGUGAAAUAACCCUAGGAUAUGACGUCUAUGGCUUUGGAUCUGUACUGCUAGAAGUUCUAUCCGGCCGGCCUUAUUUAUCUCCUUUUCAAGGGUUUCAAACUCUGGUCCAGUAUUACCGAGUAUGUGAGGAGAAUAAAUGUGUAUUUCCUCGUGAUCCCUACGCUCACUGGCCAUAUAAUAUUGAAAAAACGCUACAGAAUUUAGCUUUUGGGUGUUUGCAAGAGCGACCAUCUAUAAGGCUAUCUCUGAAGAAGGCAGGCUACAUUUAA